AUGGCUACCAAGCUCUCUCUGGAUUCACAAGCAAAGGCUUCGGAGAUUCCUGAGCCAAACAAGAAGACUGCUGUAUACCAGUAUGGAGGUGUGGACUUGCAUGGUCAAGUUCCUUCCUACGACCGAUCUUUGACACCAAUGCUUCCCAGUGAUGCCGUGGAUCCUUCAGUUUGCUAUGUUCCGAAUGCAUACCAGCCGUAUUAUUACGGAGGUUAUGGAACUGGUCACGAGUGGAGCGAAUACAGUGCUUACCCAAAUCCUGAGGGCGUUGACAUGAAUUCUGGAAUGUAUGGAGAUAAUGGAUCUCUUGUGUAUACUCAGGGUUACGGGUAUGCAGCAUAUCCUUACUCGCCAGCAACAAGCCCUGCUCCACAGGUUGGCGGAGAUGGCCAGUUGUAUGGUGCGCAGCAGUACCAGUAUCCUGCCUUUUUCCCCACUGGGCCUUUUGCUUCAUCUGUUGCUACACCUACUCAGGGUGAUCUCUCCGCAAAUAAAGCUGGUGGUGUUAAGACGCUUUCUGCGGAUAGCAAUAAUGUUUCUUCUGCUGGUGGUAUGGCAAAAGUAAGCAAUGGGUCAGCUCCAGUGAAACCAAAUAACCAGACGUUUAACAACUCAAGCAAUCUGUAUGGAAAUGGUGCACCGGGAGGAGGUUUCGCGGCUGGUUAUCAGGAUCCUAGAUACAGCUAUGAUGGGUACUAUGGUCCUGUGUCGUACGAUGGCUCUAAGUAUUCAGAUGUGCAGAGACCUGUUGCUGGUAGUGGAAUUGCAUCCUCCUAUUCUAAGACAACCAGUGUACCUUCAUCGAGGAAUCAAAACUACCGUUCGAAUUCUCACUACACGGGUAUGCAGCAGCCUGCAUCAAUGACGGGCUACGGUACAGCUCAGGGAUACUACAACAGGAUGUAUCAAAACAAGUUCUAUGGUCAGUAUGGUAGCACGGGGAGAUCUGGUGUGGGAUAUGGUUCUUCUGGGUAUGAUUCCAGAACCAAUGGAAGAGGAUGGGUGAGCUCAACAGACAACAAAUACAGAAGCUGGGGAAGGGGUAACAAUUACUUCUACGGAAACGAGAACAACGCAGAUGGUUUGAACGAACUUAACAGGGGACCAAGAGCAAAGGGCACAAAGAACCAGAAGGGAAGUUCAGAAGAUAGCGUAGAUGUUAAGGAGCAGACUGGUGAGACAAAUGUAACCGAGGCUGUGGAGACGGAGGACACAUGCAUUGUUCCUGACAGAGAACAGUACAACAAAGAAGAUUUCCCAGCUGAUUAUGCGAAUGCAAUGUUCUUUAUCAUCAAGUCGUACAGCGAAGACGAUGUGCACAAGAGCAUCAAAUACAAUGUUUGGGCUAGCACACCGAAUGGAAACAAGAAGCUUGCUGCAGCAUACCAGGAAGCUCAGCAGAAACCUGGCGGCUGUCCUAUCUUUCUAUUUUUCUCGGUCAAUGCAAGUGGACAAUUUGUUGGGCUUGCUGAAAUGACGGGACCAGUUGAUUUCAACACAAAUGUGGAGUACUGGCAGCAAGACAAGUGGACUGGUUCUUUCCCUCUCAAGUGGCAUAUUGUGAAGGAUGUUCCAAACAGUUUGCUGAAACAUAUUACCCUUGAGAACAAUGAGAACAAACCUGUCACAAACAGCAGAGACACACAAGAGGUCAAAUUGGAGCAAGGUUUGAAGAUUGUGAAAAUUUUCAAGGAGCAUACUAGCAAGACUUGCAUUCUGGAUGACUUUUCCUUCUACGAGGUUCGGCAAAAGACUAUCUUGGAGAAGAAAGCCAAGCAGCAGCAGACACAGAAACAGGCAAGAACAAGAAAACGAUUCUAUAAAUCUUUGUUGUGGUCCGGUUUUUUAAUUCGAGUAAGUGUGGAGAAGACAACAACGGACGAGAAAAAGGAAUCUGCAACUGCUGAUUCGGCCAACAAGGAAUCUCCUCCAGCUACUCAAACUACAGGUGAUGCCAAGGUUGUUGAAAAUGGGUCUGUUGCAAAACCAGAUGGUGUGGUGGCAAAUGGUUGCUAA